AUGUUGGUUGCUAAGGACUCCAUAGUAACAACAGGACAUUAUGUGACACCAUCGUCAGGCAGCGAGAGGAGACAUCCAGCUCGCUGCAGUGGAGAUGGUUUCUGGAAAAGAAGACUCUUGGAGCUGGCGCAGCACAAAACCUCAAAAACUGUUUGGGCCACGACUCCUUGUGAAAAGCUGAGCUGGGGCAACCAGGAGUCAAUAUGGCCGCUCUCCGCAUCAGCACUCGGAGCCAUUCCAAGUGCAAGAAUCCAAUACCUAGCCAGGCACAAAAGAGACUUCUCAGCAAGGGAGGACCACCGGAGGAAGGAGGAGGCGAGCUUCUCCAGGAAGACCCAACGUCCUUCCUCCGAGGCACCCCAGUACGAGCACAUUGUCCGCUUGUCAACACCCAGAACCCGGAGCCGUGGCUCCCAGGAAGCAGGGCCUCCUCACACACCUCAGUGUGAUAAUAACUGUCCUAUUUGGCACGUUGCACCCAACGUGAAAACCGCUGUGAUCACACCGAGACUGCUGCACCUCUCCAUCCCCAAACUGAUCCAUCCAGACUUCCAGAGCAACAGAGAGAACGCUGCGUCCAUCGUUUCUUUUCCUUCCAAGACGGCUCGAAUCUCUCAGCGUCUGGUCCAGCUGUCGUUGCCCAGACUGAAGCAGAGCAACAUCUGCCAGGAGCUCGGACGCCCGGUGGAACCAAUCUGGACCGUUUCAAAGGCGGCGAUGAAAGCCACGGCGAGUGCUCGCGUUGAAAUGUUGGCGACGCCAAAACAGCUUUCCAAGGACUACGUUCCUCCACGAGAACCAGACUGGAGCCGAAACAACGUCCCGUUCUCCUGAGCCUCCCUCAACAUCACAACCAAGUCAGCCUCGGUGAAGCAAAUUCAACGUCAGCAGAAACCUUUGAAAAGGAUAAAGACAGUGACGAUGGUCGUUGUGGACAUUUGACAUUUUUGGUGCUUCAUCCUGUCCAAAGAUUCUCCUAUUCAAUGGUUUUUUUUCUUAUUAUUUUAAGAUAAUAAUCCAGAUAAAGUCUUUGUUUGCAGACAAAAAAAAUACCAAAGCAGUUUCUUAGAUCAUUUUCUGUCAUCAUAGAACCACAAACAUAUGAAAGAAAAAUCAGGAUAAGCAAAGACACCAGGAUUUAGUAAAAGGAUCUAAAUGAUAGCAUAAACAUUUACUAAAACACAUUAAAAUAAACCGUAAAAAGUUGUUUUUUUUAAAACAUCAAGCUGAAAGAUAAUACAAGUAUUGAAUAUGUUUAAAUCCAAAUUCUAUUUCAGAUGUCUUGAGUAGAAAAAAAACACAUUGGUGGGUCUGUUUCUCAGCGGUUCUGUUGAUAUUGUUACCAUGUGUUUGAAUACAUGGAAUAAAAGAUUUGGACCACAAUACUAGAAUUUAUGACAGAUUGACUAUUUAUGUCUCAGACCUUUUGAAUAAAUCAGAGCAGCGAAGAUGAAUAAUGUUGGUAAUAAAAACAUGCCAUUGCCUCGGUAUGAAAUGAUCCACAGGGUUUUUUUUCUUUUGACUUUGCAUUUAUAUCACAACCAUGUGUGAAUGGAUCCUU